GUUUUUUAGUUAUUGAAAAAUGUCAUACACCGUAGUGCGAUUCCUAGAGGAAAACGAAGAGGAGGAAAUAAUAUCUGAGGUUCCUUCCUCUUGGAUAGAAAGUAAAUAUUGUUGGUGGCCUUCCUCAAAAAAUGUUAGCAUAUUAAUAAGCAAGGGGGCAUGUCCAGAUAAAAAUAAAUGGAAAAAAUAUCCUGUGGCUGUAUUAGGUGUUGUUGAUGAUUAUCAGAAAGCCAGAUGGAAAGCAGAUCAUAUUGAAUCUGAUGACACUUCUUCAUCAGAAAAAGGGAGAGGGAAACGCAAAAAGAAGAUCAAGCAUAUUGAAGAAAAUGGUGAUUCCACAUCAGAUUAUGAUGACAUUAAAGAAAAAGUCUUGUCCAAGUUGCCAGAAUAUCCCAGUAAUGAAAGUACUAAAUCAGAAAUAAUCUUGGAAGAGGAAUCAGAUAAUGAUGAGAAUGUGGGGUCUAAUCAGGAUGUGGAUAAUGAUGAUGAGCAAUGGGAUAAUCGUGAUAAGCAUUCAGAAAAUGGGAACUCCAUUCAAUUGCUUACUGAUAUACAGAGGGAAUGGGAAGAAAAUGGUGUGAUACAGGACAAUACAAUACAAGCAGAAGAUAAAUUAGACAUGACCAUUAUUAAUGUGUCAACAGAUCAGCUUAUCAAAGAUCUAGAGAAACAUGUUAAAGAUGAAUUUGCCAAGAUAAAUAGGAUUUUAGCAAAAAUCCUUUUGGAACUUCAGUCCAUGAAUACUGGCACUGUUGGGGUCACUACCAUUGAUUUGAAUGGAGAUGAUGAGUUUCAGGAAAUUGUGUCACAAUUUCCUAUCACUAAUGUGGAUAUCCUCAAUGAUGUUAAUGAGAGAGUGGAGAGGGACCAGCAGUGCUAUAAAAAAGUAGUCCUAUUUUUGAAAACCAUUGGAGGGAUAACCCUGAAGGAGAAAAUUUGCAGGAUAUUAAAAAGGGUGUUCUCCAAUCAAUUAAUUGCCCAAGCCAGCUGGCUGGGGCACAGUCGUGGCGAAAAAAAAAAUUUCAAGCUUAGCAACCUAAAAUUGAUUUCUGCCAUUAAAGAUGCUGUACAUACUGAUGAAGGGUAUACUGAAAAAAUAUUUGAAACCGUUGCAGCGGAUUGGACCCGUCAGGGAAAACAGCGCCACACCAGGGAGAGACAGAAUAAAGUGACUUAAUUUUUAUUAACAUUUUAUUAUAAUAUAAUAAA